GUCCUGAUCUUUAAAGAGACUGAGGUGUCCAAGAACAAGGCGGUGAGAGGCAGACAAGUCCUGUAUCUUUUUGAUCAGUACUUUAAGACCAACGAAGAGGUUGGGGCGCUCUACUCUGUCGAGGAUUUGCUAAAAGUUCGCCUGUUGAAUGACGACCUUAGCACCUUCCUUGGCAACUGGGAGUCGGUAAUGUCCGGUUUGAGUCACACCCCCGACGAGACUACCCUAAGGGACAUUUUCUUGCGGGAGUUGAAACAAUCGAAGCGCCUCAAGUACGACCUCGAGAUCUUCGAUAGGGCCAAAGAGGGUCCGCCAGCCCUUCAGCAAGAAGUGGCCGAGGGAGAUCCAACAGCCCCAAAGGGUCGAGGCCGAGGUGUCUGCUACGACUUCUUGAAGGGAACGUGCAAGCGAGGAGACAAGUGUCCAUUCCUUCGUAAGAAGCGCUCCCUUUCUCCCAAACCACCCAAAACCAAGAAGAAAAUCAACGCUACGUGCAAGUUUUGGAAGGAAGGCACGUGCACCAGGGGCGACUCCUGCCGCUUUCAGCACAAAGACAUCGACAAGCCGACCGCUCCAGCCCCGAAAUCGGAGGCCGCAGCUGCGCGAAAGCCUAGCUCUCCCCGUGCAAACUCCCCCGCUCCGCGAAGAGGGAGAAGCCCCAGGGCUAAGUCUCAGGGGAAGCCAGAGAAACCAGCAGCCUGCGCGUAUGCAGCGGCGGCCACGAGCCAGGCUCCCAGCUUGGAGGACUCGUGGGAGAUCGACUUUGUUGCUGGUAAGUUGAUGAGGCACCAUAGGACCUAUCGGAAGGGCUGGUAUGUACCCGACAACUCGUGCCCUGUCAACUUCAAGAAGCUCAGGGACGAGGUCAAGGUAGAAAGGGUUCUGCCAGUUCAGCCUUACAUUGCUCAGCAGCAAUACAAAGACAAUCUUCUUCUUGAGGCCAAUGCCACGAGUGAGAAUCUCGAAUGA